AUGGAGGGAACAUUUGUUUCUUCCAAGCCAUGUGCUAAAGAAAAUAGCAUUGAUUUAACUCAAAUCACACUGCGACCCUUUAAUCUUACUGACCUCGAUGAUGUUAUGGAGUGGACAACUGAUGAAAAAGUGGCCAAGUUCUGCUCUUGGGAACCUUACACCAGCAAAGAUCAAGGUAUCAGCUUCAUUGAAGAUACAGAAAGCAAGUUUCUAUGUUGCAAAGCGAUAUGUCUUGAUGAUCGUGCUAUUGGGUGUAUUAUGAUGUUCUCACCUGAUGAUAAAUGUAGAAACAAAACUGCAGAACUUGGCUAUCAUCUAGGCUCUAAAUACUGGGGUAAAGGGAUUGCUACAUGUGCUGUGAAACAAAUUGUUAAUUUUGCAUUCAGUGAAUUGCCAUACUUGGAAAGGCUUGAAGCUCUGGUUGAUGUGGAAAAUGUUGGGUCUCAAAGAGUGUUGCAGAAAGCUGGUUUCAAAAUGGAGGGAGUUCUCAGAAAGUAUUUGUUCAUGAAAGAAAAAAGUAGAGAUAUGAUUAUGUUCAGUGUUCUUUCAACUGAUCUCUAA